AGACCCUUGCUUUGCUUGACCCGCAACUCGAAAGAGUACGCUUAGUCAUUCACUGUCAUUUCUUGCAUCCUCACCCAUCGUUGCACGCUCUUCUUCUGCACACGCAUCCGACGCGCGAAGUUGGUUGCGCAGCGUAGUAUCGUGGAGUGAAGAUCUGCGACCGGUACACGCCCGUGUGACCUCACUUCAACAGAUCGGUGCUGAUCGAGACUAAGGCCGCAAGCCUGCCUCGAUUUCGAAAGAAUGGCGACACUCGCCUAUGCGUUCAGGCCACGAGUGCCAGCAGGUUCAUCCGGUACGGCGAGGCUAGCCGUCAUUUGCAACUCGCGCGCUUUGUUCAACAAUCAGAGUGCUGGCAUCAAGCGUGCGAUCCAUCAGCGCCCAGCGUUGCACACUUCUGCGAGAUGCCAGGAGCAAGAAGCUGCGCCCACACCUGUUGCUGCUGGUGGAAAGACUGCGCCGCCUUCCGAUACGUCUUUGCAGCCUCUCACCUGGGCCGAAUACUUGUCGCUUCGAGCAUCGCGUCGACGAUGGGGAAGCGUGACUACGUAUCCCCUAACGGCCGUCGCGCUCCUCACAUCCGGACAAUUUUUCCUCACAGCCACCAUAGAUCCAUCCACACCAGGUUUUGCCGGCAUAGAUCCGGUCUACCUAUCAAUUCUAGGCACCGUAGCUUGUGGAGGUUUGGGUUACUUGGUAGGGCCUGCACUGGGAAACGGUCUCUGGGCUGUGGUUUACAGAGCAAAGAGGAAGGAGACGGAAAGGAUGGACAAUGAAUUUUGGAAACAUGUGGUCAGGAACAGGGCUGAUGCGCUUGGUCAGACGAUGCAGAAUCGUUUGCCCGAUUUCUACGCCGAGUCCGUCACUUCCCUCUCCACCUAUCGUCAAUGGCUGCGCGACCAAUCCGCCUUCAAGCGCAAGCUGCAGCACGGAGUCGAAGAGGCGCAGAGGGAGGAGCAAAGAAGAGCAGGCAGAUCGGGCUUAUGAGAAAGAAUGCUACACGUCAGCCGCAUGUCAAUCGCAAUCUCUCAAAGAUUGGCAUCUGCAGCGGCGCUAUCGUCGAGAGUGUGGACUGCUGGUUGAGGUGGAACGCGCAUACCAGCUACAAGGGCGCUGAAGGUGAAGGUAGCGAUAGUGUACAAAGGGUGUCCGAAGGAGCAUCGAGGGCCGCAGAUUGAAGGAGCUUUGAGCUUGUCAAGGGGAACAGGCCAAGUGCCGCAGAGCUUACAGACUUGAAGUGAGCCAGCCAGAUCACACCUCACUCUUCCCUCGCGCUAUUGUCCUCCGCUGCGCUGGCCUCCGCACCGGGUCCAUCGACGGGAAUGCGUACCAAGGUGUCUGGCAAAGCAGCCUCGAAUGACGUCCCAGUCGCAGUUCCUGGUGUCUCUUCCGUAUCUGCCAGACCUGCGUCGCGGCUCAAUGU